UUUAUAAGAAUGAAUUAGAAUACUUUGAAAAUUUAUAUAUGGUCAUUACAAAUUAAAUUAAACAAUGUUGUUAUGAUCUUCUUAUGACUUGCUCUUUGCUCCCACCGGGCUUUUCUUUAUACAUUUAAAUGUUUAUUGCAGUUAUCGUCAUGUGUGCUUCUCCUGAUACUGUUCGAGAAAUCCUGUUGGCUGCAGAAGAAUUAGGAAUGAUAAAAAGCGGAGAAUAUGUUUUCUUUAGCAUUGAACUUUUCACAAGCAAAGUCGAGAGCGAAAAGCCCUGGCUGAAAGUGAAUGAUACAGAAGAGAGAAACAGUCGGGCUAGACUUGCUUAUGAAGCGUUACUCACCGUCACGGCGAGGAUUCCAGAUACUGAAGAAUACAAGAAUUUCUCACGGGAGGUGAAAGAAAUUGCUAAAAAAGAAUUUCAGUUUGAUUACGGACAAGAGGAGGUAAAUACCUUUGUCACAGCAUUUCAUGAAGCAGUACUGUUAUACUCCUUGGCUCUUAAUGAAACUUUAGCAGAAGGAUAUGCUGUCUCUAAUGGAUCCUAUAUCAUACAAAAAAUGUGGAACCGUACUUUUGACGGAAUAACUGGAAAAGUGACCAUUGAUGAAAACGGCGACAGAGAUGCAGAUUAUUCUAUACUUGAUCUUAAUCCCGCUACUGGAGUUUUUGAAGUCGUGGCAAAUUACAUCGGCACUGAAAAGCAAGUCGUCGACGAACUUGGAAAAACAUUCCAUUGGGCUGGAGGUCGAAAAGAUCCUCCUCCGGACGACCCCUUUUGUGGAUUUGAUGGCUCCAAGUGCCCAAACAAGGAUGACAAGCAGUACCACAUCACAGUUGUUUUAAGCGUAGUCGUCGUUUGUCUUCUUGUGGGAUCUGCAGCCCUUUUCAGGUACUAUCGUCUAGAAGCACAACUAGCAUCCAUGUCAUGGAAAAUUCGUUGGGAGGAAAUUGCACUGUCUACCAUGACCAAGAAAAGGAGACCGGGUUCUAGAAUGAGUCUCACUAGGAUCAGCAUGGCGAGCACAGUGUCUGCAGAAACCUUACCUCUGUGUGAUAUGAAUCAACAAAUGUUUUCUAACACCGGAUUUUAUAAGGGCACUAUUGUAUUUCUCAAGCCUAUUCAUAAAAAUCGGAUUGAGAUCAACCGACCGUUGCUGCUGGAAAUCAAAAUGAUCAAAGAUCUGCAGCAUGAUCACGUGGUCCGGUUCAUCGGUGCUGUGGUUGAUCCUCCCCACUGCUAUCUAGUCACCGAAUACUUCCCAAGAGGCAGUCUCCAA